AAGAGAUAUUAUGGAUGCCCUGCUGAUGUUUGAUGUGCUAAUGUAUAUAAAUGGUUUCUACUUUCCAUUGUUUGCAUUGGGGCAUCCGCUGAUGACCCUAGCAAAGUUCUACAGCAGCAAUUAUGUAACACCCCAAUGGAUUGUGGUUGAUGCCUCAGUGGUAAUAAUCCUGAUAUUUGGAGACCUGAUGAAACUGCUGUUUUACAAAAAGUUCAGGGAACAGCGAAAAGUUCUUGCUGUAGUUGUAGCUGUGUUACUAACUUGCCUCUCAUUAAGCUGCAUCCUGUACAUCCUGCUAAAGCAGGAGAAUGUGAUCAAGAUGGAAUACAUCAUUUGCUCAAUAACUCUGGUGCUGUUUUCCAAUGAGCUGGCCUUUGGGCUCUUGCAGUGCCUGCCAUGCUGCAAGAAGAUAGAGUACAAAUGAGAAAGUGCUCUGCUCCACUCUGU